AUGGCUUGGGAUUCCAUUCGACAAACACAUGCAAACAUUAGCCAACCACAAGAGAAGACUGCACACAUUUUCUCCCUUUUAUCCGAGACCAAAGUCCCUCCAAUCUCAGCCUCUCUUCUGCUGCAGAAAAUGGGAGGCGAUAUCAACCACCGGCGGCUUUCGUAUUUCUCCGGCUGCAUGUCCCCUUCGUGCGUCCCGGUUCACGAAGAAUACUCGAGAAUUCACAUUAGCCAUGGAAACAACAAAAGCAGAAGAUUGAAAAAAUUACUAAGAAAGAUUGUGAGUGAAAGCAAGAGCAUAUAUGGACCUUCAAAACCUGUGACAUUUCAGUACGAUGCUGUUAGUUAUUCGCAGAAUUUCGAUGAGGGACUCCACAAAGAAGAUUAUCCUCAAGUGUUUCAAGAAUUUAAUUGUCGUGCAGUUAAGUAA